AUGGCCUCGGCAGCGAAAGCUGCGAGCGAUCUGCUUCGAAUGCGCCUGGAUUUGCUGGCAAUGACGCAGCCAGCCCGCCUGGGCAAUUCAGCCGCCGGUACUUGGUACCCCGCCCCGGACGCGGGCGGCCUCGCGGGCGCGGGCGACAAGGGCGGCAAGGGCGGCAAGGUCAAGGGCAAGUGCUCCGGCAAGGACACGGAGGGGGACGCCAACUGCACGCAGGAGGCCAAGGCCGCCUGGGAGGCGCGCCCCCGCAACCACCAGGCGGUGGCGCUGCCGGCCACCGUCAGCUUCCAGGAGUGCGCCGUCAGCGCCAGCGCCGCCAGCGCCCCGGCGCCGGUGAUCGCCGGCGCGUGGUACCCCAGGGGCGGAGGUUUUUCGGAGGCCGACCUCGACGCCGAGAUGUCGAAGGCAAAGGGCUUUCCUGUCCCUGCCGGCUACAGCGGCGUGCGCUACACAGGCCCAGGUUGCCUUAACGAGGCGUGGAUCAAGCAGUUUGCCGAGCAGCAGCGCAACGGCGUCUUGCUUCCCAAGGGGGACGCCUAUGCCCUGGUGAUCGACUGCACCAAGCUGCUGAAGAAACAUAAGACGUUGAACGAGAUCACCGUGCCUGCCGGUCAGAAAAUUCAUGUGGUCGGUGACACUCACGGCCAAUAUUGGGAUUUCUUGCACAUGCUGUCUCUCACCGGCUUCCCGUCUGCUUCCAACCCGAUCCUCUUCAAUGGCGAUUUCGUCGAUCGUGGUUCUUGGGGCAUGGAGGUGGUGUUGAUGAUCUACGCCUUCAAGGUCAUGUGCCCUGACAGCGUUCACUUGACGCGCGGAAACCACGAGAUCAUCGCAGAAAACAUCCUGUACGGGUUCUGCGGCGAGACUUUCAAGAAGUACGAUGGCGGUCUCUUCGACCUCUUCUCCGAGUCGUUCCGCAACUUGAGCCUGUGCCACACGAUCAACAAGGAGAUCUUCGUCAUGCACGCCGGCCUGCCAGGGCCGAACCCGCGGCAGUGGCUCCCGGGCCAGAGCCACGACCCGGAGGACGCCAUCCCCGUCAACGCAAAGUGCAUGACUCUGGCGGAGAUCGCCGCCAUCAGCCGCGAGACGGAGCUCCAGGACUCGAGCUACAAGAACGCCGUGGGUGACGCCGCGAACAAGUGGGCCGAGGAGGAGCGCACCAUCAUCGACCUCGUGUGGGGCGACCCGCGGGGCGGCCCCGGCUACGGGCCGUCGUACCGCAAGUCCAAGGGCGUGUUUAUGUUCGGCCCCGACGUCACGGAGCAGUUCUGCAGGGUCAACGGCCUCAAGGCCGUCAUCCGCUCCCACGAGGUCAAGCAGCUUGGCUGGAAGCAGGACCAUCCGCAGUUGUACACCGUUUUCAGUUGCCCCGACUACAUGGAUGCGGGUGGCAACCAGGGAGCCUUCUUGACAUUGGAGAACGACGGCAGCAGCCUAUCGAUCAAGCCAACCAGUUUCGACAAGACCCCCCACCCCGACCUGAAGCCGAUGGUGUGGCAGGAGUACAUGAUGCAGGUCAACCCGCACCUAACCAGGACCGAAGAAGACAACGAAGAAGACCGGUCUCAUCUACGACUCGAACGGCAUGAUCGUGGGAGAGAUCAAGGACACGGACCAGGGCGACAGCGACAGCGGACAGUCAAUGGUGGACGAGUGGGUGGAGGACGAGGACUAUGCUCGUGCGUGAACGAGUCGGUCAAGGCCGUUGCCAUUGGGACUUGCCUCCUGACUCUCGCGCUUGCAGCCUCGCGUGGCCUGCCGGCACACCAGGGCAGCCGCGUGGACCCGCAGGCCAGGGCGGCUCCCACUUGCGGUGGUGUUCGGCAGGCGCGCGGCGCACGGUUUUCCGGCCCGCCGCUCCAGGGCGGAGUCCCUCGCACCUGGCUUUCCCCCAUUCGGGGGGACGGCCCUAAGCCAAUUCUCCGCGGCAGCUUGACACAGAGCAGGCGCUCGACUAAGUAA